AUGGCGAAAAUAACUGCCUUAAACCGCCAAAAGGGCGCACUAAAAACGCAAGUAACUAAAUUAGGACUAUUCUUCGAGGACAAAGAAUGGACAUUUUCAAAAAUUGAACUGGAUAUUAAACUUACAGCCUUGAAAAUAAUUCAAGAAAGUGCUUCAGAAUUGCGUUCUCAGUAUUAUCAGCUAAUUGAAAAAGAUGAAGAUUUGCCUCCAAUUGAAAAGGAUCUCGAUGAAUUAGAAUCGAAAACUGAAGAAUUGGAGGUAAGAAUUUAUACAUUUCUUUCAACGCAUGAAGAAAAUAAUUCUACCAAUGAAAGUAAAAACAAUGCAUUAGUUAGAUUACCAGAACUUUCGAUUUCAAAGUUCGCAGGUAAAAUUGAAGAAUGGAACAAUUUUAAAAUGCAAUUCAAUAGUAUAAUUAAUAGUAACAACCAAUUAUCAUAUGUACACAAACUUCAAUAUUUACAAUCUUGCUUAGUCGGUGAAGCAAAACAUUUAAUGUCAGCAGAAGACACUUACGACUCAUUAUUUAAAGCUUUAGAAAAAAGAUAUGAAAACGAAAGAAUAAUUGUAGAAACACACGUAAAUUCUAUUCUUAAGUAUUCUAAAAUUCAGCAACACUCUAUUAAAGAACUUAGACAUCUAAUUGACACUAUUAAUAAAAAUAUUCGUGCCCUUAAAGUCCUCAAAUAUGAGAGAAAUCAUUUAAGUGAUAUUUUAUUAAUAAAUACCAUCUUAGAAAAACUAGACAUAGAAUCUCGCAAGCAAUUUGAGCUAAACGCAAGCUCCAAAGAAGUUCCGAAAUUGGAAGAGCUUCUAUCAUUUUUAGAAAAAAGGUGUCAAGUUUUGGACAAUGUAUCGAGGAAUGUUUAUCAUAAAACCUCAAAAAAUGUGUCAGAACAAAAAUUUAACUCAAAAUCGUUAAUGAUAAAUAGUGAUAAAAAUUCGUGCAUUUUAUGUUCAUCUCCCGAUCAUGCAAUAUUUAAAUGUAAGCAGUUUUUACAGCUUAAUGUUCAAGAAAGAUGGAACACAGUAAAGAGACAUAAUUUAUGUACUAACUGUCUAAGCUAUCAGCAUCAACUUAAUUCAUGUAAAUCCAAACAUGUCUGUUUUACUUGUGGGAAAAGGCAUAACAGCUUAUUGCACAAAGUCAGAGAGACUACGAAACCCACACCCCCUCUCCAGUCUUUGGAUACAAUUGAAAAAUUGCAGUUCCCAGACAAUGCCCCUGACAAUGGUUCUCCCGCUGUCCAAGACGUUAGGACUUUCGCUGGCUACACUCCCUCAGCAGAGCGAAAUGUGAUUUUGUCAACUGCACUUGUUUCAGUUUUAGAUGCUUCUGGAAAUCCAGUUAUUGGACGUGCUCUCUUAGAUUGUGGUUCCCAAAGCAGCUUCAUUACAGCUGCAUUCGCUGAUUUAUUGAAUUUAAGGAAAGAAAGGUUUCACGCGUCCGUUUCGGGCAUCAAUGCCUAUGUCAUAAGUACAAAAAAUAUGACAUUGCCUCCAGGUGUAAUCCUAGCAGACCCGGGUUUUGGCACUCCACAUAAAAUUUAUUUAUUAAUUGGCGCAGAGUUGUUUUGGGAAAUCAUAAAAACUGGACAAUUUCGAACCCCUUCACCGGAUUUAAGAUUUCAAGAGACAGUUUUUGGCUAUAUAGCUACUGGAACAAGCACAAGCGCAUCCGAAUUUAAAUUUUGUGGUUUUGUUAAAGGUUUGGACUCUCUUGAACAAAGUAUUCGGAAAUUUUGGAACAUUGAAAACGUGGAAGACGAUAAACGCAUCAUCAGCGAAGAAGCGAAAUUUUGCGAAGAAUAUUUUACGUCAACGUAUAAUCAAGAUAAUGACGGUAGAUUCAUCGUUUCUAUGCCUCUUAAAGAAGAACCUUCCUGCUUAGGAGAUUCCAGAGCAAAUGCAGAACGAAGACUUGAAAGCCUUUGGAAGCAAUUGAAAAACAAACCAACAAUGAUGCAAUUAUAUCAAAACUUCAUGCAAGAAUACGAAGAUCUAAAACACAUGGAAGUUAUCUCAGAUGAAGAUAUCAAAGAAAAAUCUUAUUAUCUGCCGCAUCACGGAGUAUAUAAACCAGAAAAUCAGACAACUCCAUUACGUGUCGUCUUCAACGCAUCGGCCGCAACAACUUCUGGAAAAUCCCUUAACGAUAUUUUAUUGAAAGGUGACGUCCGAGAAGAUAUUUUUGACAUAAUGGUCAGAUUUCGCAAACAUAAAUACGCAUUCAUAGCCGAUAUUAAGAAGAUGUACAGGCAAAUUGGAAUUCAUCCAUCUCAGCAAAAUCUCCAAAGAAUUUUGUGGAAAAAGACGGCAGAAGACCCUGUUCUCACAUUUAAGUUAAAGACUGUGACAUACGGAACAUCAAGUGCCCCUAUUUAG